CUAUUACACAAUACCGUCGUACAAUUAUUUACAAUAAAAAAAAAAAAUAUAUAAGUCACCAUCUCUAGUAGUCGCAUUUUUUCUCUCCCAGUUUGGCUCAAAUAGUUUUUUUCCACAGGUGAAAAAAUGCAACGCACUAAAGACUGUCUAACUCGGGAAUCCCAUUUUUGUGGGACUAAAACGGAUGACGACUGAAAGUUGCGUGAAUCAAGUGCAGUUUUUUUCUUGAGGCAAUGUUGUUGACUCGGAUCAAAGUGGUGUGUUUUGUCCUGUGCCUCAUUGGCUUCAGGGAGCCCUGGAAUACCUCAGAUGUUACAGCGGUUCUGCACGGAGGACUGGCACAUCAAGGUUUUAUCAGAUCUGUAAAUGAUGCUAACCUGAUGUUUGAGCUCUUAUGGAGAGGACUGGAGAUUGAUGCUGACAAUAAUGUUGUCAUGCGGGAUCAAGAAAUUGCAUCGAUGAGACAAGGGCGAGCUUUCCUAUCUCUUAUAAAUGACAGUAUCCCAAAAACGUUCUCUGCAAUGGAGAAGUUACUGGCUAUGCUGGAAGAGCAAGACAACUCUUUCACUCAGGCCCGUUUUGAGACCCUCCUCCUUGGGACUAUCUAUUCAGCAUACCAGGCACGAAACCAGAAGCUAGACUCAGAGCAGCAGGCCUGGAUGGAUAUUCUUGGUCGUUUUGCAAAUGUUACUUUCGUUCAGCUACUAACAAGUUUUAACUAGUCAAGUUUUAACUAACAAUACACAUACCAGUAAUUCACACAUACAGAAAAUCAGAUAAAGGGUGUG